AACUUCUCACCUAUCUUUUGCCAUCAUCAAUGGGAGGAAAGAGUGGUUGAGUUCACAAAUCAUACAAUCCCUGCAAUCAACUGAAAAUCAAACUUAAUGAAGCAUAUUUUUCUUCACAUUCACUGAUUUACAGUAAUUAUUUUAACUUUUUAUAAUAAUAAAGCAAAUUCGAGUUCACAAGAACCACACACGCGCACAAAGAGACUCACUUGACGGUUAUUCCCAUAGAACACACUCUCUUGUAAUCUCCGUCCCUUCCCCAAUUUUCACCAUCUUAUUAACUAACCCUUUUUCUUCCAUUGAUUCAUUCACAAAUUCUCUGUCUCCUGCAUUCCUCUCUCGCUCUCCCUGAGACCCAUUUGGGCAUUUACUGUAUUUUUAUUUGUUUGUAAUCAAUCUUUCGGAGCGCCAAUGGCGUGUUCAGCGACUCCCAGAAUCGUCCACAAUCCUCUCUCGAUCAGAUCUGCCGAAAAGUCUAAUUCUUGCUGCAAAAAAUUGGGGCCCGCCUCUUUUCUGGGGUCCAAAUCCCUAAGUAACAAGCCUUUUUCUGCUAAGGCAGUUCCGCCUGUCGGCCGCCGAUCCGCCUCCGUCGUUGCAGUUUCGUCGGAUGUUGUCAAGGAAAAGAAGCUCAAGUCCAGCUCCUCUGUUUCCAAUAUGUUGAUCACCAAAGAAGAGGGCUUGGUGCUGUAUGAGGACAUGGUUCUCGGUCGAGCCUUUGAGGACAUGUGUGCCCAGAUGUACUACAGAGGCAAGAUGUUUGGAUUCGUUCACUUAUACAACGGACAAGAAGCUGUCUCCACCGGCUUCAUCAAACUACUGAAAAAAGAAGACUAUGUCGUAAGCACUUACCGUGACCAUGUCCACGCCUUGAGCAAAGGCGUGCCAGCUCGCCAGGUCAUGAGUGAGCUUUUUGGCAAGACCACCGGUUGCUGCAGGGGCCAAGGUGGCUCAAUGCACAUGUUCUCUAAAGAGCACAAUGUUCUUGGCGGCUUUGCUUUUAUUGGUGAAGGCAUACCAGUAGCAACUGGGGCUGCUUUCACUAGCAAAUAUAAGAGAGAGGUUCUAAAGGAGGAUUGUGAUGAGGUGAGUGUGGCCUUUUUCGGGGAUGGAACUUGUAACAAUGGACAGUUCUUUGAGUGUCUGAACAUGGCCGCGCUUUGGAAGCUUCCGAUUGUGUUUGUUGUUGAGAAUAAUUUGUGGGCUAUUGGCAUGUCCCAUUUGAGAGCAACCUCGGACCCUCAAAUUUGGAAAAAAGGUCCCGCGUUUGGGAUGCCGGGAGUUCAUGUCGAUGGUAUGGAUGUGUUGAAGGUUAGGGAGGUCGCAAAGGAGGCAAUUGGGCGGGCCAGAAGGGGUGAAGGACCGACUUUGGUCGAGUGUGAGACUUAUAGGUUUAGGGGACACUCUUUGGCUGAUCCUGAUGAGUUGCGUGACCCUGCUGAGAAGGCUCAUUACGCCGCAAGAGACCCCAUCACUGCAUUAAAGAAAUACAUUAUCGAAAACAAAUUGGCAAGUGAAGCCGAGUUGAAGGCCAUCGAAAAGAAGAUUGAAGAAGUUCUUGAAGAAUCUGUAGAGUUUGCAGAUAAAAGCCCAGUUCCUGCACGUAGUCAGCUUCUAGAAAAUGUAUUCGCUGAUCCAAGGGGAUUUGGAAUCGGGCCUGAUGGGAAGUACAGAUGUGAGGACCCUAAAUUUACCGAGGGCACUGCUCAGGAUGGAGAGAGUGAGAGUGAUGAGGAGGCAAGCGAAUAUGACGAGCAGGAAGAGAAUGAGACUGCUGAGCAGCAAUCUUCCGUGAGCAAAUACAUAAUCUCCCAAGACAGUGACAGUGAUGACUCGGACGAUGGCGGCAUGCGCAGCGCGAUGAAGAUCAAUGACUGGGUCAGCCUUGAGGAGAGCUUCGAGAAAAUCAACAAGCAGCUGGGCAAGGUCAUACGGGCCACCGAGUCCGACCGGGCUCCCGGCCUCUACAUCAAAGCCCUCGUCAUGCUAGAGGACUUCCUUAACAAGGAGGCAAAGAAGAAGAUGAGCACCAGCAAUGCCAAGGCCCUCAACUCAAUGAAGCAGAAGCUCAAGAAGAACAACAAGCUGUACGAGGACCUCAUCAACCAGUGCUGGGAAAAGCCCGAGCUUUUCGAGGAGAAGCCGGAUAACGAACGACGAGGAUGA